AUGAUUCGCAGUGCGAAGAAAGUAGAGCAUAAGCUAAAGGCUUUGCUAUCGCCCUCGCCAAGGGCUUCAGUCCGUCACCAGCCUGCAAAUAUAAUGGAUGGCGAAGACUAUACUGAUAGCGGCAUCGUUCAGAUUGACUCCAUUACCCGCCAGCAGAAUGUCACUAAUAGAGGUAAGCGAGAUGCACGCGCAAUAGCGGGAAAAAAUUCGUUGCCUAUGCCGCUUUCGAGUAGCUCAUCGAAAGAACCAAACGAUAAAAACAUAUCACCAACAGCCCACCACCACACUCACCCGGAUACGGUGCAAUCGGCAGACUUGGAAGUUCACAGUCCGGUUGAAUACGAGACCCCUGUGGGAAGGUUUAGGGUUUCCAGCCCAACUAUACUUAGUGAUGCUAGCAACCCCGUGACAGCUAGUCUUAGCACGGUAGCUGACGAAGUAGUUUCGACCGUCAGUGCAGCCGUCGGAAAUAGUGACAAGGAUGUCAGUGAAAAUCGCAAGCAUAGCUUUACAGAGAAGGGAGAAAUAGAGUGUGUAGAUAGUGAUAAGCACUUUGUGGCCUCUCGACAUUCAUCGAGAGGAUCACGGUCUACAACCCCUACAUAUACACACGUAAGCACAGCUACGUCGCAUGUACUGUCAAAUAGUUACGAAAAUACAGUUGCAUACAAAUCAACACAAGCACAAGCGCCCGCAUCGCCAGUACAAUUCGCGAACGGCCGUUUCUCGGUUAAAGAAACCAAUCCAGCGGACAGCCCUUUGCUAGGUGCUAUCGCACAUCGUGCUCGCGGAGAAAUCAGCAGUGAGCUGAGUACUGGAGACCACAUUCUUGCUUUUCCCGUUGAAAUUGAUAGUAUAACUGACUUGAGAGGAGCUGAGCACUCACGUAGCAAAAUAUCUAAAACCACCGGCACAGUGUGUAGUGGUAUAGAGGUGCCAGAAGCGAAUGAGAAAAAAAGUGGUACUACAAUGAAAGGUGAGAUACAGGAGACGAAUACAGUAAGUAGAAACACGAAUGUAGAGAGAGUGGCAAAGACUGGCCCGGGUGUGAAUUUUCCGACUGGCUCAGGCGAACGAACAAGCACCUCACAAGGCCGGUUUUCUGUGAACAAUUCAGACCUUUCAGGGGAUGGUGUGAGCCCCCUUUUACAUAGCAGGACAAAUAGUACCGCUUUGAAAACAAAUUUGUCGCAAAGCCGCUUCUCGGUGAAGGACGCUGAGUUGCAGGACACAUCACACCAAGCAAUCAUGGGUGUAGUGAGGGAAGUUACGCAAGAGUCUGACGGUAGUCCUUCUAUGCCGGGUGGGAGAAGCAGAUAUAAUAUCAGCGGUGUACCUGAUGAAAACCACACGCAGCAUUUACUACGGGCGAGUUGUAUCGAGGGUGCGCACGCUACAUCUAGCAUGGAAGGCGAGCGUGAUAGUGUUAACACUCCGGUGGGCAGAUUUAACGUGACAAGUUCGAGCGCAAAUUCAUCUACAUUUAGUGUCAGAUCAGUAGAUUCUUCUAUUGCAUACGACGAAAUAAGAAAAGUUGUCAAGGGUACAGGGGAUGAGCGUACUGUACCUGAUGGUCAAGUAAACGACCAACUGAAUACAACUGUGCAGAACGAGAAUGAAAUUGGACUCUCAACAAAUAUUGUUGAAAAAUUGGUGGAGAACACAGACAGCACAUCAAUAGGUCUCAGCGAGGACAUGACUAUAGAUUCAACAACUGACAGGGCGUGCUCACCUCUAGGCAAUUCGGAAAGCGAUGCCUCUGUUGGCAGAUUCUUGGUCUCAGACAUCAGCGCAGAGGCAGAACUCGAUGUUCAAACCUCGAGUGCUCCAGAGUCCACUUUAUCUCGAAAUCGCCCGAAUCGAUUCUCGGUAAGAAAAUCUAGUAUGAUUACAGAGCUGAAUGGGCAGACUAAAGGGGUUGAGGAUAGGAUUAUGCUUGAUUCACAAACGGUACAUGAUUCCCAAGUUUCUAUCAGAAAGCCAGCUAAUGAUAUUCAUGCUGACCAACAAAUAGUAGAUCACCAUGGUCACCCAGCAACUGAAUCGAAUACCAAGAAGGCGGAAACCCGAUUUCAAGUCACAGAUACUAUAGAGGGUAGAGAAUCAUUUAGAACAAUGUCGCCGCCUGGAUCAUAUUACCGAAACGAUGGUGCAACACAAAGCACAGUUGCCAGUUCCCGCGCACGUGAGCACUCCGAUGCAGGUGUAGCUGCACGUAUUGAGCGCGUGGACAGGUUUUCGAUUCGACGAGUUAACAGUGGUGUAGCGGUGGGCCCCUGCGAGGGGGAAUGAGGGAUGGCAUGUUUAGAUACACAUACCUUAUUCAAAUUUCACUGGACUCUCACGUAGAAGGCUACAAAUUUUAUUCGAGCAUUUAGCGGCAGAACUCCUUCGACCGAUGAACUCUUGAUCCACAAAUGAACAAAUAAGGAGUUCAUAGAUUUGCAUCUACGUACUUCACGUGUGACUUGCAAUCUGAACAACACGUGGCAAAUUUUUAGCGCAUAACAGACGUCCUUGUGAGCCUUAUAAGCCGGAUCAAAUAAAGGCACAUCCACAU